CGUUGACUAUAUCGAAGCAGCCGCGCAGGCAGAAGCCUCAAUGCCAGGACACCGCUUUACGGCUUCUAAAAAGAGAUGUCAGAUGCAUAUGUCAACUCUAACCAUACCAAACGUCCAAGUCACGAAUUGUUUACGUUGACAUUCCCUGUUUCGGAAAUGGCACUACUGUCAAGAUCAGUAGCAAAAUUGCAAUGCAUAUUAUCACCAGUAAAGUUCAAUUGGGAUCAUGCCGCUUACAUUUCGAUGAGAAGACGUAAAAAGCAGAAAAAGGAGGAUGAUCCGUGCCCCAACAAAACAUGUGAGGAGAAAAAAACAUUGUGGAGUUUUUUCAGAAAGACUAAACCUAAAAAGACGGAAAAGUCCCCAUUCACUUCGUGCAGGAAGAGAGAAGCUCUUCGUAAAAACCAACCAGAUCCAGACUUCUCCCAAUUCAAUGGAGACGUCUACCGCACGUGUGGCUCUGCCUACAUCAUCCAACAGGACAAAGUGAAACUUGAUUGCGUUGCGCCAACCAAAGGAGAUUCACCAGAUGAUAAGCUAGUGGACAGGUUAGAGGCACAUCCGGAUAUCAAAGAUGUCGUUGAUCCUUUGCCCGAUUUUGUUAGCGUUGAACAGAGGUUGCUUGAUUUGUGCGAAAAGAAACUGCACCCGCUUUAUAAGAAGUAUAUGUUCAUGCCAAAGAAAAAAUCUCAAAUAGAAAUAACGAAGUUUUCGUACAAAUCAAGAAGUGGCUGCAUUAAACCAGACGAGAUUCCAGAACAGCUGAAUAUCAAUAAAGAACUAUUUGAGAAAAAGAACCUAUUCGCAGACUUCAAAACAGUAGAACCUCCACGGCAGUUGGUAUCAAAACUGGCUGAAAUCAAACUGAACGCCAGGCCCACAUUAGAGGAGAGUGUAAAGAGAACAAGCAAGAACAACAAAAAUCAGACAAAAUGAUUGUCAAAGUAAGAUAUUUUGCUGAUUUUUGUAAAAAUACAAUCUUCAACUGUCAGUGGUUUCACUUCAUAUUACGUGCCCCUAAAGUUUUGAGUACCCAAUUUUUUUUCUUCAUUAGAUUCUACUGUAAAUGUGUAUUUAAGGCAUGCACAACAACAAACAUGCAUGAAGAAUGGUGUGUUGAUUUAUCAUUAAUUACUGUACUGUCAAUAGAUCAUU